GAGCGCAGCGAGACCGGAGCGGAGCUUUCGCGGACACUUGGCAGCAGGACCAGUGGGACCACCUACGGAGCCGAGGCCGGGCGCGCAGACCCAGAGGGAAGAUCUGCUCGGGGCUCCUGCUCCCCGGAUGCCAUGAGGCACAGCAGGUGCUCCGUGGCCCUGGUGUCUUCCGCGGUGGCGCCAGCCAAGGAGGCCAACGCCACGGGCCCCAAGGCGGUGGAGCUGGUCCUGGUCAAGGAGCAAAAUGGGGUGCAGCUCACGAACUCCACCCUCCUCAGCCCCCCGCAGAGCUGCGCCGAGGCCCCAGAUCGGGAGACCUGGAGCAAGAAGGCCGACUUCCUCCUCUCGGUGAUUGGCUUCGCCGUGGACCUGGCCAACGUCUGGCGGUUUCCUUACCUGUGCUACAAAAAUGGUGGGGGUGCCUUCCUGGUCCCCUACCUGUUCUUCAUGGUCAUUGCCGGGAUGCCGCUUUUCUACAUGGAGCUGGCCCUUGGGCAGUUCAACAGGGAGGGGGCUGCUGGCGUCUGGAAGAUCUGCCCCAUCCUGAAAGGCGUGGGCUACUCUGUCAUCCUUAUCUCGCUCUACAUCGGCUUCUUCUACAACGUCAUCAUCGCCUGGGCCCUGCACUACCUCUUCUCCUCCCUGACGGCCGAGCUGCCCUGGACCCACUGCAACAACACCUGGAACAGCCCCCACUGCUCCGACGCCCGCGCCGCCAACUCCAGCGCCAACGACACCAGGACCACGCCUGCCGCCGAGUACUUCGAGCGCGGCGUGCUGCACCUCCACGAGAGCCGCGGCAUCGACGACCUGGGCCCGCCCCGGUGGCAGCUCACGUCCUGUCUGGUGCUGGUCAUCAUCCUGCUCUACUUCAGCCUGUGGAAGGGAGUGAGGACCUCGGGCAAGGUCGUGUGGAUCACGGCCACCAUGCCCUACGUGGUCCUGCUGGCACUGCUCCUGCGAGGCAUCACGCUCCCCGGGGCCCUGGACGGCAUCCGCGCUUACCUGAGCGUGGACUUCCACCGGCUCUGCGAGGCCUCGGUCUGGAUAGACGCCGCCAUCCAGAUAUGCUUCUCGCUGGGGGUCGGCCUGGGGGUGCUCAUCGCCUUCUCCAGCUACAACAAGUUCACCAACAACUGCUACAGAGACGCCAUCAUCACCACCUCUGUCAACUCCCUGACCAGCUUCUCCUCCGGCUUCGUGGUCUUCUCCUUCCUGGGCUACAUGGCCCAGAAGCACAGCGUGCCCAUCGGGGACGUGGCCAAGGACGGGCCCGGGCUGAUAUUCACCAUCUACCCCGAGGCGCUCGCCACGCUCCCGCUGUCCUCCGUCUGGGCCGUGGUUUUCUUCGUCAUGCUGCUCACCCUGGGGAUCGACAGCGCCAUGGGCGGGAUGGAGUCGGUCAUCACCGGCCUCAUCGACGAGUUCCAGCUGCUGCACAGGCACCGGAAGCUCUUCACCCUCUUCGUGGUGCUGACCACCUUCUUCCUCUCCCUCUUCUGCGUCACCAACGGCGGCAUCUACGUCUUCACGCUGCUGGACCACUUCGCGGCCGGCACGUCCAUCCUCUUCGGGGUGCUCCUGGAGGUCAUUGGGGUGGCCUGGUUCUACGGCGUGUGGCAGUUCAGCGACGACAUCAAGCAGAUGACUGGGCAGCGUCCCAGCCUCUACUGGCGGCUGUGCUGGAAGUUCAUCAGCCCCUGCUUCCUCCUGUUCGUGGUCGUGGUCAGCAUCGCGACCUUCAGGCCCCCGCACUACGGCGCCUACGUCUUCCCCGAGUGGGCCAACGCGCUGGGCUGGGCCAUCGCCGCGUCCUCCAUGUCCGUGGCGCCCGUCUACGCCGCCUACAAGUUCUGCAGCCUGCCCGGGUCCCUGAGGGAGAAACUGGCCUACGCCAUCACGCCAGAGAAGGAGCACGAGCAGCUGGACAGGGGGGAGGUGCGCCAGUUCACGCUCCGCCACUGGCUGGUGGUGUAGACGGGAGCAGGGAGGAAAACUCGCUGGACACCGUCCGCGGCAGGACAGACGCAAACGGAGAAGGAAAAUGCGCUUCCGGAAGGACCGGCCGCGCCCGCUCUGUACCUCCUGCUUCGCUUUCCCUCGGAUGCUCACGGCCUCCUGCCCGGGGGCGACCUGACCCGCCGUCGUCCGUGUCGUUGUGUAACUUUCGUGGUCUGUGCCUGUCCCGCAGGCAGAAACAUCCCAGUCGCGUUCCGUGCAUAUAGAGCCGGCUGCCCCCUCCCCGCGUCCCCCCAGCGGCCCCCGCAGCCGUCCCCUCGCUGCCGUCAAGGGGUGCACGCGAGAAGGCCGGUAACUGCGCAUCGCGGGCUCUCAGCCGAGAACCCAGCGCUCACAGAGCUUCCCGGGCCCUUUGUUUGCUCGUGUGAAAAGAGCCAAGUGUCAUGUUUUGCCUAAUUGUGCAGAGGUGACGUGGAGGAGCAGACAAAGGUGACAGUGCAGGACCAGUGUCCUUCCCAGGGGCGCUGAGCGCCCGCGCAGAAAGCCCACGUUGUCGUGUCCGCGUGUCUCCACAGCGGCCUCUGUGUGGUUGUCACCAACAAUAAAGAACCUGACGGGAAAA